AGCACAUCCCCAGCUACAUCAGCUGUCUGCCUGCUGCAGAGAUGGUGCAAGUAACUCCCUUUCUCCUGGUGCUCAACCUGGCCCUAGGGGCUCACAGCUUCUCUGUAGAGAAGUGCAACCUGACUGGGAACUGGACGAACGACCUGGGCUCCAACAUGACCAUCUUGGCUGUGGAUGAAAAAGGCAACUUUGCUGGCUUGUACAACACAUCUGUGGCAGACAAGCCAUAUAAGAUCCAGCAGUCACCACUGAUGGGCUUCCAGCACCUCACAAACCCAAUAGAUGAGCCCACCUUUGGCUUCACUGUCAACUGGACCUUUUCAGGUACUUCUCCUUUCCCAGCCUCCCUGGUGUGUCUCCAGACCUGCCCUGCCCUCUCUGCUGUGAUGCCCUGGAAGCUCUUCUGCCCCUCCCCGCAGUGUCCUUGCUGAUUCUCUGCCUUCCCCUGCACUAUGCCAGUGCUCUCUCAUCCCCUCUGGUGCCCCUGAUGCUCCCCCAGCCUUGUCCCUGGAGCUCCUUGGCUGCUGUCACCUCCCAGUCCCAGUGGGCAGGAGAU